AUGGAUUCAUUGAUUGAUAAUACUAAUCACAUAUCAAGUAACAUUAAUGAGAUGGUCGAGUACCACGCAUUGAAGGCCCGUAUUCAUAGUGUAGGGUUUCAACCGGAUGAACGCCUAAUACCGUUCUUAGAGGUAGCCGGGUUCGGAUCAGCAGCAUUGAUCCGGACUUUUAGUCUACGAUAUGACUUGAUUUCUGCCUUAGUCGAGCGAUGGCGUCCGGAGACCCACACAUUUCAUUUGCCGUGUGGGGAGUGCACCAUCACUCUAGAGGAUGUUGCACUACAGCUGGGGCUCCCCAUCGAUGGGAAUGCGGUCACGGGCGUAAGUUUGAUUUCCAGGCCGGCUCGCCUUUGCUAUGACUUACUUGGACGCUCGCCAAGUGAUGGAAAAUUUCAAACCUUGAGGUUUUCAUGGCCAAAGGCCAAUUGUGAAUAUUUGCCUAGUACUGCCACUGAAUUAGAGGUUAUGCAGGCAGCGCGAGCUUAUAUUAUGCACCUUAUAGGAGGUGUACUCAUGCCGGAUACACACGGCAGUGAAGUCCACCUGAUGUACUUACCGCUGCUAUCAAAUCUGCAUAACACACGUUCAUACAGUUGGGGGUCCGCAGUGUUAGCUGUUUUGUACCGCGAACUUUGUCGGACGACAGAUGCCUCUGCGGUUGACAUAGGUGGAUGCCUUAUACUGUUGCAGUCGUGGGCGCUUUAUCGGAUGCCAUUCUUGGCAUCCAUUAGUCACCAAUCAUAUGUAUUUCCACUCGUUAACAGAUGGAGCACGAAUCCGGGUAUUGGGAGGUCAUACACGGUUCCGAUAUACCGUCUGAUGAUCGAGAAUCAUUCUGGAGAGGGAUUCAUUUGGAUGCCAUAUUCUGUUCCUGAAGUUACAGCUGUUAUUCCAUCGUAUGCCCACGUCCACUCACACCUAUGGUGCAUUAGCGCACCCCUUAUCCAGUUUCAAACGGUGGAGUGGUACCAUGGCGAUCGAGUACUCUGA